GAAGAAAUCGAACUGAAAAUCUUCAUUUUCAUAAUAUGAAAACUGUCUGCUAAAAACAGUAGAUUGCUUAAAAGCAUAAUCCAGUUCCAAUGAGGUAAAAAGUAAAAGCAUAAAACCCCCAUUAAUUUAAAGCUUUGCUUAUAAUUUCGCCUCUUUGUUUAGUUUACCAUCGUGGGUGUGUCUCUUCAACUUCCAUUCACCAUAUUCACUUCAUUUCUAAACCCAAUUUUGAUUCUCCCUUUCUGUUUUUUCACCAUUGACGAUUCAUUCCCUCGUUUGGGUUUUGCUUAAUUUUCCCAUUUCUAGGGAGAUACAGCCCCAAAAUCGCGUUUAAAAUCUGGGUUUUCUCUUUGUUUUUAGCUUAUGAAAUUCCGUGGAAUGAAGUGUUUUUACUAUUUCAAGCGCAAGUCUCGAAGCAAGGGGAAAAUAUCAGCCCCGGAGGAACAUUCAGGGGUUGAUACGGUCACCAAGUUUUCAUCAUGCUCGGCAGCUUCGCCGCGGAGUAUACCGGAGUUGUACGAAGCGAAAGGUCACUGUUUGCGGGUAUUCUCUUUCUCAGAGCUUAAACAAGCCACUCAUGGUUUUAAUUCGUUGCUUAAGAUUGGUGAAGGCGGCUUUGGGUGUGUCUAUAAAGGUGCGAUCAAGCCUGUUGAUGGAAAAGGUGAACCUGCCGUGGUUGCUAUUAAAAAGCUUAGCAAGAAUGGCUUGCAGGCCAUAUGUGCUGUUAUUGAUGAGUAGAACUGUUAAUCUCCGGAUUAGUUCGAAGGGACAUAAACAAUGGGUGGCUGAAGUUCAAUUUCUCGGUGUCGUCAAGCAUCCGAAUCUCGUCAAGCUCGUAGGAUACUGUGCUGUCAACGGAGAAAGAGAGAUUCAGCGUCUUCUGGUAUACGAGUUUAUGCAAAACAAGAGCUUAGAAGAUCAUCUUUUCGGUCAGGCAUUCCCGACGCUUUCUUGGGAAACAAGAUUACGGAUAAUGCUCGGAGCAGCCGAAGGAUUAGCUUAUCUGCAUGAGGGUUUAGAAGUUCAGGUGAUAUAUCGAGAUUUCAAAGCUUCAAAUGUCUUACUCGAUGAGAACUUCAAUCCAAAGCUUUCGGACUUUGGGCUCGCAAGGGAGGGGCCAAUGGCCGGGAAUACACACGUUUCAACGGCCGUAGUCGGAACUUAUGGUUAUGCAGCUCCUGAUUACAUCGAGACCGGACAUCUUACUGAUAAGAGUGAUGUAUGGAGCUUCGGUGUGGUAUUAUAUGAGAUUAUUACAGGUAGGCGGUCGUUAGAAAGAGGUCGUGCGAAACCGGAGCAGAAACUCUUGGAUUGGGUGAAACUCUUCCCUGUGGACAGUAAGAAGUUCGGGUCAAUAAUGGAUCCUCGACUCGAAAACCGGUUUUCAAUCGGUGCAGCUAGAGACAUUGCCAAGUUAGCAAACAGUUGUUUAUCGAAAAGUCACAAAGACAGGCCGAAGAUGAGCCGUGUGGUAGAUAGACUGAAGCAGAUAAUCCAAGCUCCAAUUGAAGUCUAUGGUGAGGAUCUAGAGAGCCCUGAGGUAUCUGAUACCGAACCGGAAAACAAAUCGAACCAAUCGAAUGUUUCCGAAUCGUGGAAAAGGCGGAUGGCACACCUUGCAAAACUUGGUGAACAUGUAGAAGGUGCAAGUGGAAGGAGAUUGAUGAUGUUGCAGAGGGCCAAAGUGCCUUGAACUUCCCUCAUUUUCUAAUGGUAGAUUAGUCCAUCACUCCUAGUGUUAACUCUACCUAUAUAUAUAUAUAUAUAUAUAUAUAUAUAUAUAUAUAAUAUAAUUUUCAUGUUGGUUUUACAGUUAAUGAAUACUAAUUAAUUUAGAGUUCGUAAUUAUUUUCGUA